AGUUGCAUCAAUCUUUACAUCCACGGUGGUUGUCGUUCGGCAAUUGUUGGCGUUAAUUCCAACGUCAUAUCGUGCUGAUCGUACGUGUGGCCCACGAUCGUAGUGUGCACUGGUAGGAUCGUCGUAUCCAAGCAGCGGGAACAAGUUUCGUCUAGCCUAGUUCGAUAGCUGCCUUUGGCUGGCCAACUAGUGCGAAAUUUCCACGCGACCAGUGCGAAGGAGCCAUUUUACGCAGCAGCGUAACGUACGUACGAUAAGGAAAGAACGGCAACGGCGAAGGCCACCAUCGGUAAGAACGUGAUUCAACUCCGCUAAAGUCGACGGCACCUCAAGUUGAACUACCACAAACAACGCUGUGUUGAUCACAAACUUCAGCACAUCGCGAAAUAAAUAUCAGGUCGCUAGUAUUUCCUGUAAGUAGGAGCACAGUGGUGGAGGAGGCGUGAACCCAGACAAGAUACGUCAUUCAGUCCACCACAACUUUAUAUCGUUGGGAUCGUCCGUUAACGGAGCAGCUUCAAAAGGAAUCCUACAGACGAUAGUCGUGCCUUAAAUCUUACAGCAUUCGGACGUUCGUCUCAGGAAAGAAAUUUCCUUUCGUAAAGAGUGUGAUUACUGGAAAGCUACAGCCAGUACAAGUAUCAAACAGCUUAACCAGUGUCUGGAGAAAACCAACUGUGAAGUGUUUGCUUUCUGCAUCCAAACCUGUGAGGUGCGACAAGUGAGUGGUUCAGUUUGAAACAUUUGCAACAAGUGUCAUAGUCGUGAAAAGCGCAAAGUUGUUCCGGCAAAUUAAACAAGCAUCCGGACUCAUCCGCUUUUUUAAGAUGUCUUCCGCCAGCGAAAUCUACUGCCAUGGCAAGCUGCUCGAUACGGUCCAGAUGGCGCACAUCUAUCCCGACUCGAAGACCUUCGUCGACAUGAAGAUGAAGAAAACGCCGAACGAGACGUUGUCCGCGUUCAACGAUUUCAUGGAGCAAAAGAAGGAAGCUCCCACCACGGCCGAACUGAAGGCGUGGGUUGAGUCGAUGUUCGAGAAACCGGGAGCCGAAUUCGAGGAGUGGAUCCCCGACGACUGGAUCGAUAGCCCACGUUUCCUGAACAACAUCAAGGAUCUGGAUCUGCGAGGCUUUGCCAAAAAUUUGAACGCCGUCUGGCACCAACUGGGCCGCAAGAUGAUUGCCGACGUUGGCAUCAAUCCAGAGCAGUAUUCCAUCAUACAUGUUGACCAUCCGGUAAUUGUACCAGGAGGUAGAUUUAGAGAAUUCUAUUACUGGGACUCGUACUGGAUUGUGCAGGGACUGCUUCUUUCGGAAAUGAACCAUACGACCCGAGGAAUGUUGGAAAACUUCCUUUCCAUCGUCCAGCGGUACGGUUUCAUUCCGAACGGUGGCCGUAUCUACUACAGUAUGCGAUCACAACCUCCGCUACUGUGCGGAAUGGUCAAGUCCUACGUGGAUGCUACUAACGAUACCCAGUUUGCCAUGGACGCCGUGGAGACAUUGGAGCGGGAAUUCGAGUUUUUCAUGAACAACUACAUUGUGGAGGUGAACGGACAUCAACUAGCUGCCUAUGGAUACAAAUCGAGCGGGCCGCGGCCCGAGUCCUACCGCGAGGAUGUAAUCAGUGCUCAAGUGUUCGACAAGGAAGAAGACAAGCAGGAUUACUAUUGCGAAUUGAAAGCAGCGGCUGAAAGUGGAAUGGACUUUUCCAGCCGAUGGUUCAUCAAGAACGGAACGAAUCAGGGAAAUCUAACAGAUCUGAAGUGCCGAUCGAUCAUUGCCGUAGAAUUAAACGCUAUUCUUUACUGGAACGCGAAAAUCAUUUCGGAAUUCUAUGCACUCAAAAACAAUGCCCAGAAGGCGCAGCUAUACGAAGCGAAGGCAGAAGAAAUCAAGAAAGCCAUUGACGCAGUACUGUGGAACGAAGACGAAGGAGCCUGGUUGGACUACGAUCUGAUCAACAAGAAACACCGGCACUACUUCGUACCCACCAAUCUGUCGCCUCUCUGGACGGGAUGUUACAAUAAGGAUGAUGCUAGCCUACCGAAGAAGAUAUUGGCCUACAUUGAGAAGAAUGAGCUGGACAAAUAUCCGGGAGGAGUGCCGAACACGAUGGCCGAUACCAACGAACAGUGGGACUUCCCGAACGUUUGGCCACCGAUGCAGCACAUGCUGAUCAUGGGCCUGGAUGGACUGAACAGUAAGGAAGCGAAAGAUUUAGCUUUUAAGUGGGCCCAGCGGUGGGUGCGUGGAAAUUUCCUGGCGUACAACGAAACGCACGCCAUGUUCGAGAAGUACAGCGCAGUCGAGUUGGGUGGCCAUGGAGGUGGUGGCGAGUACGAGGUCCAAACCGGAUUUGGCUGGUCCAACGGUGCCGUCAUGGAUCUGAUGAAUAAAUACGGCGACCGGCUAACGACAGGUUCGAUCGAAUAAAUCAUCUCUUCUAUGGACAUUGGGAUACGUUGUGCUAUAGUGUGUGGGUGUGCUUUCAACGAGAUCGUUCUCAGCAUUUCUCUAGGCUUUUCAAAUUAUUUUCCCUCUGCACCAACUCUGAACACUGCAAUAUCUUUUUUAUCCAAAUCAGAAGGCUACUGUUGCCCACGCGCCAUACACUGGAAGAAACAACGACAUUCAAUUUGGAAAGCUCUUCAACGAAAAUCGAAUCCACAUUGCAGUGACUCAUCGCACCUUAGUGUUUGUGUUUGUUCUGUUGAUUGUUAAACCUCAUUUUGUUAAUUUAUUUACCAAUGUAAAAGUGCUCAUUCUCAUGACAGAUAACUAGAGAUUUUCACAUGAAGAAAUAUUUACCAAACUAAAUUGCAUGGUACGUACAUCUUUUCCGAAGAAGCACCCAAUUACAAACACUACCAAGUAUCAUCAAACCAAUAACAGCGUGAAAGAUGCACGUACAUAUUUAGAGUCCUAUAGAAGUUUUCAGUGAACGAGAUGAGUUUGUAGCAUCGUUUUCCAUCAAACCUUGUAUUUAUUAUCAAUGAAUGUACCAACAAUAGUGUAGAUCGCCAUUCACGUCAAAAACUGGUUCACAUCAGCACUCAGCAGGUUUGAUUCCAUUUCAAAUAUUUACAAACCCGUCUGCAGAAAAGACAUCACUCAGGAAGAGCACAAAUCAUUCAAUAUUUUCUAUGACUCCUUGCUUUCAAACAUGGCGCCAACCAAGAAGACAGAUGUCUUCUGAACAGCUUUUAUCAAAGAAGAAACCGUAUUAUACGUAGGAAAUUUAGUUUACUAGGAUAAGGUCAAGAGGAUUCUUUUAUUCAGUGCUUCAGUGUCAGUGUGAAAAUAGGGCACUCGUUCUUCGCAUUUUAGUUUAGCAUAGGAUAAGGGGUUUUUUCCUAGCGGAAACCCCUUGAAAGCUCUAUACAAUAGAAACGAUUGUGCCUACUCGAAAGGAUCAGCCAGCAUGUGAUAGACAAGAAUUGUAUAAGUAUUUUAGGAACCAAUUUCUUCGACUCGAUAGGAUAGUGUCAUAAGCUACUGUAAGCGUUUUAA